AUGACGGCGUUUAUCCGGCAAGAAGCGCUGGAGAAGGCGCGGGAGAUCCAACUCAAGGCCGACGAGGAGUUUGCGAUUGAGAAGUCGAAGCUGGUGCGGCAGGAGACGGCGGCGAUCGACACCCUGUACGAGAAGAAGUUUAAGCAGGCCGCCAUGUCGCAGCAGAUCACACGGUCGACGCUGGCCAACAAGACCCGCCUGCGCGUGCUGUCGGCGCGCCAGACCCUGCUCGACGAGCUGUUCCAGCGGGCGCGCGAGCAGAUCACCGGCGUCGCGGCGGGUGAUGCCAAGAAGUACGAUGCUGUCCUGCGCGGGUUGGUCCUCGAGGGCCUCUACGCCCUCAACGAAGACAAGAUUGCCGUCCGCGCGCGCAAGAAGGACUACGAGGCCGUCAGGGCCGCCAUCGUCGAGGCCGCUACCGAGUUUAAAGACCAUGUCGGUAGGGAGGUCGUCGUGGAGAUUGAUGAGUCGGAGCCACUCCCGGAGGACUCUGCUGGCGGUGUUUCCAUCCUAGGCAGCCAAGGAAAGAUCGAAAUCAACAACACCUUCGAGGAGCGGCUGCGGUUGCUGGAGAUCGAUGCCCUCCCCGCCGUGCGAGAGACUCUCUUCGGCAAGAACGUCAACCGCAAAUUCUACGAUUGA